AUGCAACAGGCAAGAAAGGGCGCCCAUGCAAAAGGUCUAAAGAGUCUAGAAGGAACCGCUCCCCCUGCAUCAGAGGCUAGCCGCCCGUACGGAACUGCUGCGGCUAUUACUACUAGUGCUGCCGAAAAGCUCACCGACGCGUCGGCAAAUACUCGAGUUUUGGCUGCAGGUGAAGAUGCUGGUGAAGCUACAGAUGACAUUUGUAGCAGCAACGGCACCAUGAGUAACUCUGAUGACGCAACAAGCGACAACCAUCUUGGCGGCGAAACCACAAAGACCACCAACGGAAGCAUAAGCAGCAGCAACAGCAACAACAGCUGUAACGGGUCCGUACUUGGAGCAUUAAACGUCGUACGUACAGCAGAAGAAGGAGACAUUCUGCGGGGUUUGAAGCUUAUACACCUUGGCAUUCGACAUCAGCGCACCGCCAAGAAGCAACUGCUGCAGCAGAUGUUGCAGGAGCUGCAGCGACAGCAGCAACUACACCAGCAGCAACGUCCGCAACAGCAGCGCGCGAUCGCGGACCCUCCAACUGCCACAUUGCUCGUCCCAGUCUCUUCUGAGACGCAGUUUGCUGCCCGGGCGGAUUUGGUGCUGCAGCUUGUGGAAGGAAGACCCCGAUUAGGCCUUCCAGCCUUUGAUGGGCGGAGCAGCAUUGUCAGCGUUGAAGACUGCAUUCGCCACAAAGGCCCAUUACGCGAGGUGCUCAGACACCUGAGGGAGGUCCUCCUGCCCCUUUUAGAAAACCGGCGGCUGCGAAUACUGGACCAACGGAGCGGUGCAGGGACGCUGAGCGGCCUGACCCUCAGACUAGCAGAGGAUUGCAGGGGAGGUGAUCGCAAGGUGCUACUACGGCUAAAGGGACACCUGGAAAGCAGCGUACGGCCCCACCUCGUGCACCUGGCGGAGACCCUUUGUAAACGCUGCCCACUCCUCAAAGCUGUCACAUUCUACGAUCUUGGCAGGCCCUAUUCCCCCGACGAGGUCCUUCUUGGUGAAGAUGCGCUGCUCGUCUCAGUGUUUGGCCGACGAUAUCGAGUUACAGGCGGAACGCGAGAGAGCAUUGUUGGCAGUGGGAAUUCGCUUCAACAAAUAUGGCCUGCGGUGAAGGAUGCGGCAGGGGGAGUGGCGGGGCGCCUGUGGGGCGCCUUGAGUUCCGGCGGGUUGUUUGAAAUUUUGCUGUCCUUCAACUUUAAAGAGGUGGUGGUGUUUGCCUCCGGAGUACGCGAUGCGGAGGAGACCCGAAAGAACAUCUCUCUUAAUGAGUUGUAUGGGGUCGAGGUUGUGCCGUGUACAGACAGCAGGAGCGUCGCCGGGGCCUUCGCCGCCCGCUCAGGCUUCUAUGGACCUUUACGGACGCUACGCCUCUCGCCUCACCUGCAGCAAGGCAAUAUAGAGGAGAAAAGCACCGAAUGCUGCGUAGGGGAGGAAAGGGCCACUGAGGGAAAAGCACCGAACGGCAGCACCGAGGCUGCCUCCGCAGCGGCAACAGCAGCUGGAGAGUCUGGUGGCAGCUCCGUCACAGCGGCGGCACUGGGAUGCUCACCUGUAGUCUCUGCAAACAACUCACAAUGGCGACGGUACGAGUUGGCCUUCUUCCAAGCCUUUGAUAUCUCCCCACACACAGCGGAAGUCCUGAGCGUCUCCGCCUUCUUGAAAAGGCAUUUGGACCUCCCACAAGCGGAGAGCCCCCAGAAAGUGUCCCUGACGAGAGGGCUUCUGUCCCGCCAGGAAAGCGGGACAGAGGCCCGCUCGUGGGUUUCACUCUAA